AUGAAAGCUUACAACCUCAAGCUUGGCAGCUACUACACUCACAAGCCACAGAAGGUCAAGUACCAUGACAACAAGCUCUGGCAGCUCACCAAAGUGGAAGCAGAUUCUGCCCAUUUUGUGCACCAGCCUCUGAUUGGACCACAGGAGACCAAGACUGUGGACCAUGAAGAGCUUAAGAGGUUCAGAGCUUAUGACAAGGAGCUGCCACAGCUCUUUCCAGCUGCUGACCUGGACGCUUUGAAGCCCCAAUUGUCAACCAACCUGGAAAAAGAGAUGUUGACAUGUGAAGCCCAAAUGGCACUCUACCAGAACUACUUCCAGAAAGAUCCCUGGGAGAAUGGUUCCUUAGUGAUGGCUCUCCACCUCUCUGGGAUUUGGGUUGCCAAAGCUUUUGGCAAAGGGAAGCUUCAGCUUGUGGCAUUUGGCAUGCUCCAGUUCCAGAUCAUGUCUCCCAAGCUGGACCUGAAAGAGAAAGAGGGCAUGGUAGUGCCAUAUUUCCACAUCAAGCCACACCAAGAUCCCAGUGUGUGCAACAUGGAAGCCUUUGUGCAAAAGGUUGGCGAUUUCCAAGUGCCAGGCUACAAGAACUUCAAGAAAGUGGAGCAGGGUGACCAGCUGUUCUACCACAAGGAGCCCAAUGAGGAGGAAGCACCUGCUGAAGCUGCCCCAGCCCCCAAGAAAGCCAAAAAAGCAGCAUAG